AGAAGAAGAAGAAGAAGAAGAAGAAGGUCCGCUUCUGACAAGCUACUGGCUGCUUCUGUCAUAUCGGAGCUGGAGCAGAGCCGUUAGAUAUGGCAGUUUCAAGGUUACCACAUGCGGCGCUUUCUUUAAAACAGAUGUUAAAACGUGUUUAAUUUGCAAAACAUUGCGGAGCUGGAAUAACAAGCUGGCACACCAGAUGUCAGGUAUUCAGGUCUGCUGACAGGAAUAAGGCAGGUGUAAAGCUGUCGUAACGUUACCCAGAGUAUUAUCUACAGGUGGGCUGGAGAUGGAGUUGAUGGUAUUGACACUUAAAUUUCACACAGCAUGCAGUCAGUGGGUGCAGGGAAAGUUUUUACAGAGACAGAAGAUUUUGGGAAUUUACAGAAACAUCCUGAGGACCAUACGGCAGGUACCAGACGACGCAGACAAGAAGUACCUUAGAGACUGGGCAAGAGAUGAGUUCAAGAGGAAUAAGGGUGCCACAGACCAGGAUGCCAUCCGUAUGAUGGUCACACAAGCUAACAACCAUCUAGAGGAGCUUCAGAAGACUCUGGCUUUGGCCAGGAGUUGAAUGCUGUGAGCUGCCAUGGACUAUGGACCAUGUGAUUGGUGGAGACUAUAUGAAGGCUGUCAGGGUCAGCACUGAUCAGGGAGUGGAUAAUACAGAAUGUACUAAAACUCAUCUCUGGGUAAACAUCUUUUCAACAAUUGUUUGAUGGAGUUGACCUGAAGGCAGUGAUGGAGAUGUUUUUUCCAUGAUCAUGGACACUGAUUAACCUGUGAAGCAAAUGGAGCCCAUCUGCUAAAACUUGCACUGUAUAUUACAUGUAUUGUAUAUAUUAAAGAGGAACGAAUGGAACUACA